AUGGUGUAUGGAGUGUACAAAGUUAGUCCCGGUAAAGAAAAAAAGAUGGGCAGCAAACAUAAUCAGAUUUUAAUGUCCAUUAUUGUAUGCGUACCAAUCUUCAUCUACGGGACAGCCACGGGAUGGAUCUCUCCAAACAAGGCCUUACUCAUGGGCAACGAUUCACCGUCAGGCUCACCUAUAUCUGAGGAAGAAGUUUCAUGGAUGGCGUCCGUCAUUUUCAUACUGGCGCCUGUCUCUGUGUUUAUAUAUGGAGUAGCAACUGACAAAUUUGGACGGAAAAAGACGUUGUUGUGUGUAGCAGUACCUAUGACGCUCGGAUGGGCAAUCAAGCUAAUUUCCGCUCAUCCAAUCGCAUUGAUUGGAGCUCGAGCACUGAUUGGAUUCGGUAUGGGCGGUGGCUUCGUGGUUUGUCCCCUCUAUGUGAAAGAGAUCAGCGAAGACAGCAUCAGGGGAAUGACGGGGACUUUUGUUGUAUUUUCUCAGACGUUGGGAAAUCUGUUGGUGUUCAUCCUCGGAGAUUUACUGUCGUAUCACACGGUACUAUGGAUCCUGUUAGCGAUUCCCGUAAUCCACUUCUGUAUAAUAUUGGGAAUGCCUGAAACACCUUCCUACUUGAUUAAGCGUGGAAAGAAUGAGGAAGCAGCCAAGGUUCUAGGUAUGCUCCGAUCUUUACCAGCUAACGACAACUCUAUUGCUGAAGAGGUAGACAGGCUGAUGAUCGAACAAAAUACCAGUGAACCCAAGUUCUCUCCGAAAAUGUUAUUCGCUGACAAAACCGCAGUUAAAGCUUUCUGGGUGACCCUAAUUGUGAAUAUGGCCAGAGAGUUCUGCGGCUGUAUAUCAGUCUUGGUUUACGCCAGCCACAUCUUUGCUGAGGCCGGCAAAGACCCAAACACCAGCAUCACCCUAUCGCCGAACAAACAGUCUAUAUUGCUUGCCGUUGUCCAGGUCCUGGGACCGCUUUUGGCGAGUCAACUUGUUGACAGAGCGGGUAGAAAGCCUCUGCUAGCGGUGACGAGUGUGAUAGCUGGCUUCAGUAUGUGUCUCCUUGGCGUCUGGUUCUACCUCCAGAGCAUCCAAGUGUUUUUGCCCGGCUGGGUGCCCAUCGUAGCAAUGUGUGUUAGCAUCUUCGCUGAUGGUUUAGGUCUACAGCCGCUACCUUAUGUUAUCAUGACUGAAAUGUUCAGUUUUAAACUUCGAGGAACUGUAGCGACCCUCAUCAUGGCGAUUUCCCUCGCCACCGACUUCGCUCUCCUCAAGCUUUUCGCACCACUCAACUCCUGGUUAGGCUACCAUGUCACCUUCUGGAUGUUCAGUGGUGUAUGUCUCAUAAAUGUAUUCUACAUUAUAUUCUAUGUGCCAGAGACAAAAAUGCGAACGCUAGAAGAUAUCUACGCAGACUUAGAAGGAAGAAAACGGGAGAAAAAAGAAGUAAAAAUUGUUGAAACUAAUUAUCUUUAA